ACACAAGUGUACUGCCAAGUGGACUCACAGGGACACACAGCCCCAAAGCCAUGAAGGUCUUUGUUGUGCUUCUCCUUGCUGUUUUCACUGGUAAGUAUAAAGGAAGAAAAAAAAUUAAUUUAUUAUCAACUUGAUAAAUUUCUACAGGUAUACUAGAGUUAUUCCCCUUUAAGUCUUGCUAAAGAGUAAACAUGCACCUGUGUAAAGUCUCAGUUUUAAUUGUGUAUUCAUCCAGUGGGCUGUAAUGCCAACCCCCUCUACGCUGGUGAACCCAGGCCACGGAUCGAUGUGCUGAUUGAUAUAGUCAAGGGCUAUGUUAGAGCAGCUGAAAGGACAGCUGAAGAGAUCUUCAAAGAAUUCAGGAAAACUGAGUUUUGGCAAAUUUUAAAGUACGGUUAUACAAACAACUAUUUAUAAAACAGUACAAAAAUACAAUCCUCCUACCACUAAAACUGCUGAUUAACUUUCACACUCUGUCUGUUCCCUUUAGUGAACAUCUAACUGAAGGUGCUGAUGUUGCUGGGAGAGCCGUUCACCAGCUUCCCCCUAACAUCAAGCAAGCGCUCACGAUCAUUGCCUUGACAGGUCUUGGCCUGGCAAGGUCUGCAGAUAGCGGAUUGUACAUUCUAAAGAAAAGACUUGAGCCCUACGUUGAGGAGGUGGCACCCACCACAGACGAGAUUGCUAGUGAGUUGACUCUCGGAGCUCUGCAAGUAACAGAUUUGGCCUCCCCCUACAUUGAGCAGCUGGCUGUUGAAGUAAACUCUUAUGUACAGGGCAUCCUGGAUCAUGUUUACACUUUGCGUGAAAACAGCUAAGACAACCUCCCCGAAGAAGCUUACUGAUUUCUUAAAGGAUGUGAAUAAAGUAAAAGAAAAAAAAACCUUGAGUAUAUUUUCACUGUUAAUAUAUUAUAAAAGUGUUUGUUUGGUCAAAGGAUGUAAAAUCUAAGUUGGUUGAUGAGAAAAAACUGCUUUCUUGUUUGUAUCGAUGUCUGGUUGCAAAAUCUCUCCCCCCCUGCCACUCCCCCUGUAAGAUCUAGUUGUGGGCCUUGUUUGGGGCAUGUCCAGGUUUGCCUGUGCAAGACUGGAAGUUCACAAACACAUCCUGCUUCCACCUUGUUUUUCAGUUCUUUUUUUUUUCCCCCUUUUGUGCCUCCAUCCCUGCUGCCAGCUCGCUCCCACGCUGCCUUACCCAGUGGCAAACAACAUUCCUCUAUUCUGCCCCCAGCUGUCACAGACUGUACUUACUGUUAACCCUCUAAGCUCACACACAGCUCAGAUUUCUGAGGCAGGAAAGGUUUUUUGUUUUAUAUUACAAUCUGCAAAGAGAGUAAUGUCUUAACUUACCAAAGUUGUGUGAAUGGUUUUAGAUUUAUGACUCAAUUUAAUACAAAACAGUCUGAAUAAAUUACUAAGUCUAACUGUGCAAAACUUAAUCAAAAUUGACUGACUGGUUGAUCAUACACCAAGUGAUGCAACUUCCAAGACUUAUGUAUUUAGAGUAAAUCACUUUUUUAAAACAAAGAUGAGGGAAUGUGUGGCAAAUAAAGAGUGAGGUUUACAGGAGUUGUGUUUCAGUCUUGUGUUGGCACUAAGCUGUUCUGCAGCUCACAUUGUGUAAGUAAAAAAAAACAAAAAAAAACUCUGCACUGUUUUUGUAACUGGAGAUCACUACUUAUCAAAAAAGUGUAACUUCAGGGGGCGGUAAUGCCUGACACGAAUGUUUUUCUUCCCAUGAUUUGAAGGAGUUACGUAACGGUGGUUGCCAUAAUCGCUCCUGUAAUGUCCCAGCAUGAACCAGCGAAGUUUAUCUUAUCUUAUCAGCUGUCAGAUACACAAUCAGAGAAAUAAUUCAAAAGGCUGGUUCAACAUAAAUUAAAAGGGGUAUGAGCAUUAAGGUGGUGAUGACACAUGAGCAUUUCUAACAAGAGCUCUGAAGAGGUCCACGUGAGUGAGAUUCUUUGUGCUUGUUUACCCCAAACUGUGUCUUCAUAAACCAAGAGGAAUUAAAGCUGUAUCAAUUUAGUUUUGUACAAGAAAAUAAAUGAAAGAUCACACUCAA